AUCAUCAUUUUUUUUUUUUUGGUUAGGGUUGAGUUUAAUCAAAAACAUGGAAGUGUUUUAGAAUCGCAUAGAAGUGCCCUUUUGUCUGUCAAUGAAAGCCCUAGCAGCAGAAGGGACUACUGAGGGUCUGGCAUACACCCACUUAGCACUCUAUUUUUGUAUUGUUGUUAGAAUUGUUAAUUAUCAUAUCCCUUGAUAAACUCAGUACUUAGUUAUAUAUAGAAAUUGCCAUUAGUUUCUAAUAUGCUUUAUUUUUAUAUGAUGUCUUUGCCACCUAUUCAAAUCAGAGAUGUGAUUAUAGUACUAAUUGAUUUAUUAAAGAUUUUUGUUGUUUUCAGUGUAAAAGGAUCAUUUUACAGUAAUAAGAAUUUGUUUGAUGUGGCUCAAUCUAUCGUUUGGAAGAAUUCAUUUUUUUAAAGAACUACUCUAGCCACCUUUAACCUUUGAAAGCUCCCUGAAAGUCUAACCUCAAAACCUACUUUUGCUUUCAGUAGUCAAAAGUCAAAUGAUGCUCCUGAAUUCUUUUCUUUUAUUACUGACAAAAUUUCAAAAGGAAAGGAAGUAACACAUCCAGGAAAAACCCUUCAUCUUGACAGCAAUGAUGAUAAAGUGGUCCUUCUAACUUGUGAAAUUGUCCAUCAUACACCAAAAAGAACCACAAAAAGUUUCCUGUUUAAAAAUUAUUUUUCCAAGCAGGUUCAUUCAGAAGUGCCUCUUGAAUUUGGUGAGCUAUUUUAAACUGAUUUGUGAAUGAGUGUAUGGUACUUUUUCAAAAGAGUGAAAUUGUGGUUGGUUUCUUAAUUUUUAAAUGACAGAAGGGAGUGAGUUGGCUACCUAGCGCCCUCCCUUCUUUGAGGGAGCCAAACAGAUUCUCUUCCCCCGAACACAUAAAGUUAACGCCAACGGGAAAGCAAGUCAUUUGAUUCCACGUUUCUGAACUAAAAUAUUUCUUGCUUGUGAACAGAGUUCAACGUAGCGGCUUCUCCUGCGUCUUUAUUGCGUAGGUCCCAGUCAAGGGGUGAGGAGCAAUACAGAAGUAGCGCCAAGAGCAGCGCCUCCUCGGGGGUAGUGGCGAACACAGGGAGGAAGUCUGUUUUUCAGAAUUGCCUUUAAAAAAGGAGGGGAAAGAAGGAGGGAAAAAAAAGGUGAAUAAGAGACCGCCAAUUUCUGGCUUUUUUUUUUUUUUUUUAAUUUUUUGGGGAUUACUUUGCUCUCGGAUUGCCUUGAUCAAAGUGUGACUUUCCUCAGGCUCUAGCAUUUGCUUAGUUUAUAAAAUGCAAAUCCCUGGGACCAACACUGCACCAAAAAAGCAAAAAAGCACAUCCCAUUUUCCCUCUUACCCUCCCUUCCUCUUUUCAUUUCUCCCUUCCUCCUUCCUUCUCGCCGUUUUUCUCUCGUAAGGUCUGACUCUCCGGCUGGGUUUAGCAACUUCUUAAUUAUUUUCUCGUCCAUCCAUCCCUCUUUCCUUUCUCUUUCGUCUCCUCCCCUCUUUUCUCCACUUUUCAAUUUCUUUUCAUUUCUCUUUAAAAAUUAAGACCUGGACUGGAGCCCCCGGCCCGCAUUUCACAGCCCAGCUUUCUUCCUUAGCCCCGGGGAAUGGCGAUUUGCUUCUGGCGGCGGACCUGGAAGGGACCGUAGCAAGAGAGGAAAGAGUGAUAGAGAAAGACCGGGAGAAGAAAGAGGGGGUGGGGGAAGGACUCCAUCUGCUUCUGGAGCUCAGCUAACGGUUGGGGCCAGCACCAGAGCGAGCUGUGAGAUGGCCUAGAGAUUAACUAACACUUUUGACUUGUCCCUCCACUGCUGCUGCUUGUUCCUUUGAUUCCAGCCCUCCGCUACCAAGCGAAGGAUGCGUUUCACAGUUUUAAAAGAUCGCAAGUAAGAAGCCACCCGGGAAGAUGUGUAUGGGUGAAGGAAGAGAUUUUGGAGAGUGGUUGUUUAAAAGCUCAAAAAAAGAGAAUUCGGGUCGUUUUCACUCAUGCCAGCUUUGAAUUUUCAAGAGCCCCUUUGGUAGCAUCGUCUUCUUUCCUCCCUUCAAAUUUCCUCUCCCCACACCUCGAGUAGAAAUUAAUUGCUUAUUGCGGAGCUGUAAUUUAAGGCUAUUUGGGGAGGGUGGUGAACAAGAGAAAGAAAUUAAAUCAGUAGGAGCUGGUACCCAUUUGGUGCUUUGGUGAGUAAAGCUAAACUAUGGCCCCGACUGGAGAGAUUGCUGACAUCGGGGAUGAACCCAGUAGUGGCAGAGACGCUCAACAUCAGAUCCCGGGGUCCGACUGUAACGGUUACUCAUGUAAAGGCAAGCAUUUGCCCCUGCCCCCUGCCAGUCCCUCGAGACCUUCCCGGGACCCAGGCUGCCAGGUCGGCUGGGGAGACAUAGUCUUGAACAAGCUUCGGAGCUCCCGGAAACUUUCCUCUGCACUCUGCGCUGGCUCGCUCUCUUUUUUGCUGGCUGUGGUGGUGAGGCUGGUCCGAGGCGAGAUCAGCUGUGACCUGGAGGAGAGUCAGGAGGAGGCGGAGGCAGUAGCGGCGGCGGCGGCGGCAGCGGCGGCUGAGGAGGAAGCAGCAGCAGCAACAGCUGCUGCAGCUGCAGCUGAAGGGGGCGUCUUAAAUCUGCCUCGGGGAGGUCCGCUGAGCGGAGGCUGGCAACUCAGCGCUGGGCUGCAGCCCGCGGCUCUGCUCUUCGGUUUUCUGUGCGCCUUCUUUUGGAUGGGCUUGUACUUGCUCCGCUCUGGGGUCCGACUGCCUCUCGCGCUCUUGUUGUUAGCCGCGUGCUGCGGGGGGGAAGCAAUUGUCCACAUCGGACUGGGAGUCCGCGAGGAUCACUUGCUCUCUCUCCCCGCCACUGGGGUGGUGCUCAGCUGCUUGGCCGCCGCGACAUGGCUGGUGCUGAAGCUGAGACAGGGUGUCCUCAUGAUCUUCUUGAUUAGUGCGGUCAGGACCGCGUCCCUGAUUUCCUUAGAGAGAGUCAAGGUCGCCUGGAGGCCGUACCUGGCUUAUUCAGCCGGGCUGGUGGGGCUGCUUCUAGCCAGGUACCCGGAAAAAAUCUUGCCUCAAUCGAGAGAGGCGGCCCAGAGAGAAGGUUUUGUCACCCAGCUGGUUGUAGGGAAUAAAGAAGAGGUCGUGGUGUUUAAGAGGAGGAGGCGGUCCAGCUCCAUGAUCUCCUCAGAGAUGUCCGGCUGCGGCAGCAAGUCUCAUCGCAGGACCUCCCUUCCCUGCAUACCUAGGGAACAGCUCAUGGGACAUCCUGAAUGGGACCACAAACGAGGGUACAAAGGAUCACAGUCCUCAGGUACAAGUAUUACUGUUGACAUUGCUGUGAUGGGAGAAGCACACGGCCUUAUUACGGACCUCCUGGCAGAUCCUUCUUUGCCACCAAAUGUGUGUACCUCGUUGAGGGCUGUCAGUAAUUUGCUUAGUACACAGCUGACUUUCCAAUCAAUUCACAAACCAAGAGUGAGUCCUUUGGUUUCCUUCAGUGAAAAUUAUACCUGUUCUGACUCAGAAGAAGGCUCUGAAAAAGAGAAACUCGCUAUUCCCAAGCGCCUGAGAAGGAGUUUGCCUCCAGGAUUACUGAGAAGAGUUUCAUCCACUUGGACAACCACCACCUCAGCCACAGGCUUGCCAACACUAGAGCCUGCACCAGUGAGGAGAGACCGGGCGGGAAGCAGCAAAUCUCAGGAAGCACCUUCAUCCAGCACUAUUAGUCCCGAUUCUUGGAAUUUGAUGACGAUGACCAAAAGCAGGUCCUUCUCUACAUCCUAUGCUGUCUCUGCAGCUAGCCAUGUGAAUUCUAAAAAGCAAAGUCGACCAGGUGUUAUAGCUAAAAUUUCACCUCGUUCAUCUCCAAAUCCAUCACCUAUUCAAGGGAGUCCAAUCAAUAGCCCAGUCAGCAAAAUUUCUGCGAUACAAUUUCCAGAAUCUGCAGAAGUAAUUCCCAAACAAGGUCUAAGCUCUCACAGAAUUUUGACAUAUACCCAGAGUGCACCAGAUCUUUCCCCACAGAUUUUCAUCCCACCUGUUAUAUGUACCAGCUGUGGCAGACCAUAUAAUCAAGGGAACUCUGCUGAUGGGGCAUUGAGAAGUGGCAGUGCAGUCACACAUUCACCAAACAGGACAGAUGACACAGCUCAAGUGACUUCUGACUAUGAAACCAAUAAUAACAGUGACAGCAGUGAUAUUGUCCAGAAUGAAGAUGAACAAGAGGGCUGUAAAGAUUCAUUGAGGAAAGAAUCUCAGCACAGCACAUACACUCCUGAAACCAUCGUGUUUAUGCCAGAUAAGCCUAUUCUUGCUCCAGAGCCUCUUGUCAUGGAUAAUUUGGACUCGAUAAUGGAAAAACUAAAUACUUGGAAUUUCCCAAUCUUUGAUUUGGUGGAAAAGAUAGGGAAAAAAUGUGGCCGAAUUCUGAGUCAGGUAUCAUACAGACUUUUUGAAGACAUGGGACUCUUUGAAACUUUUAAAAUUCCUGUAAGAGAAUUUAUGAAUUAUUUUCAUGCCUUGGAGAAUGGAUAUCGGGAUAUUCCUUAUCAUAACAGAGUCCAUGCCACUGAUGUUUUACAUGCUGUUUGGUAUCUUACUACUCAGCCUAUUCCAGGCCUCUCAACUGUGAUUAAUGACCAUGGAUCAGCAAGUGAUUCAGAUUCUGACAGUGGAAUCACACAUGGACACAUGGGAUAUGUAUUUUCAAAAAUGUAUUCAGCAACAGAUGAUAAAUAUGGAUGCCUGGCUGGCAAUAUCCCUGCCCUAGAGUUGAUGGCUCUCUAUGUGGCUGCAGCCAUGCAUGAUUAUGAUCACCCAGGAAGGACAAAUGCUUUUCUGGUUGCAACUAGUGCACCUCAGGCUGUACUAUAUAAUGACCGUUCAGUUUUAGAGAAUCAUCAUGCAGCUGCUGCAUGGAAUCUCUUCAUGUCCCAGCCAGAGUAUAACUUUUUAGUCAACCUUGACCAUGUGGAAUUUAAGCAUUUCCGUUUCCUUGUCAUUGAAGCAAUUUUGGCCACUGACCUGAAGAAACACUUUGAUUUUGUAGCCAAAUUCAAUGCCAAGGUAAAUGAUGAUGUUGGCAUAGAUUGGACUAAUGAAAAUGAUCGCUUAUUGGUUUGUCAGAUGUGCAUAAAGUUGGCUGAUAUCAACGGACCUGCUAAGUGUAAAGAACUUCAUUUACAGUGGACAGAUGGUAUUGUCAAUGAGUUUUAUGAACAGGGUGAUGAAGAGGCCAGCCUUGGGCUUCCUAUAAGCCCUUUUAUGGACCGUUCUGCUCCUCAGUUGGCAAAUCUUCAGGAAUCUUUCAUCUCUCAUAUUGUGGGGCCAUUGUGCAACAGCUAUGACUCUGCAGGACUAAUGCCUGGGAAAUGGGUGGAAGACAGUGAUGAAUCAGGAGGAGACACAGAUGACAGGGAAGAAGCAGAACAACCAACAACUGAAGAAGAAACUUGUGAAAAUGCUGAAUCAACAGGACAGCAGAAGUUCAAAAGGAGGAAAAUCUACUGCCAAAUAACUCAACACCUCCUUCAAAAUCAUAAAAUGUGGAAGAAAGUCAUUGAAGAUGAGCAACGACAAGGCAGUGGAAUGGAAAAACUAAGUCUAGAAAAAUCCACUCUGCAUCAAUCCUCAGAGCAAAUACAAGCAAUCCAGGAAGAGGAGGAAGAAAAAAGGAAAACCAAAGGAGAAAACACAACUACAAAUUUGACCCAGUGACAAUUCAUCAAGCGUUGCUUUAAGCCAGAUUGACUUGUGCACAGACUCCUUGCCAGCCAGCACAACAUUUAGACACAACACUGUAGAAAUGUGGGAUAACACACCAAUGGCUGUUUCACUUGGAAUGUUUUUCUUGGGAUUUUACAUUUUGUUUGUGUUUGUGUUUGUGUUUUUUUGUUUGUUUGUUCCUUAUCUUUUUUUUUUUUUUUUUUUUUUUUUUACAGUGAGGUACAUUGCUUAAACUCAUAUGCUCAGAGAAGCUUUCUCACUGCAACACUGGCUUCCACAAUUUUUUAUUUAAGGAAGAAAUAUAUGCAUAUGUAUGUAUGAACACACAUGUGCAACACCCAGACACAGACACACAUAUAAUCACACAGAGCCAGAGUUACUGUCUGUAUACUUCUGCAAAAUUCAUAUAAAUAUAUAUAAUGGUCACUAUUAUAGUACACGUCAUAAAAGGAAAUUGUUCUUCAUGAUACAUUUAUGAGUGCAUGGGAAUAGAAGUAGGGAAGGGGUGUGCUUGAGUGUGUGUAUGUGUUUGUGUGUGUAUGUAGUAGAGAGAGUGUGAUCAUUGAGAAUUAAAUAGAUUAGCUGUAACACAUGAUUCAGCACAAAUGAACAAACACAAGGUGCCAGUAUUAAGAAAGUUAUAUUUGUAAUGAUAGAAAGUAGAAUCUAUAAUACAUGUUCUGUUUUAAGAGGCAAUAAAAUCUCCUCUUGCAGUAGAAGGUACAUCCACUGCUGUUUUCUUGUCAGGGUCAUGUGACUGGCAAUAUUGCCCUCAUGCCUUUCAGAGGCAUGCUGUGAGCAACCUCAGACUCAUGAGAACACAGGUGCUUUGCAAACAAUUAGCCAAAUGAACAUAGGGAAAAUAGGAGUGGAUGCAUGCACUCCAUUAACCAAGGGUUAAAGAAACACAUGAAGGUAACAUAGCAUUCUUUAUUAUUUAAGGACCUGUGAUCAAAUCUUAUAAUCUGGUUACUAUAGCCAGUUGCAAAUGGAAGGUGGAAUAGGAAGUAGGAUAGGGAAUAAAUUAAAUCCUUGAGAUGAUUAUUCUCCUAUGACUCCAUAUUUGUUGUAAAGCAUAUAAAAUUUUUACGUGUACUUUAGAAUAUAACUAUAGAAGAAUGGCAUUCUUGAAUUAUGGUAGAAGUUUCAUGUCUUGGUAAAUAAUAAAGAUUGGCUUAUUGGAGGAACCAGUGAUAAUUGCAACUACCCAGCAUCAAAGAGUAGCAUUAUGACUGCUGUGUGACAUGGGUUACCUAGCUUCAUUUUUACAAGCUUUGGGUACACUAUUGUGUUAUAUUUAACAAAAAAGGAAAUUGUAUAGUGAUUGGGCCUGAUAUCAAGAGUUUUAUUCUUGUUGUUAUUGUUUCCACACUUGUUUAUGCUGUGAGCCAAACCCCUUUAUAAAAUUGAUACUCACUUCUGAUAGAUUUUAUUUCAUAAAAUAUUAUAUUUGUCAAUAAUUAGUUAUUCUGAUGUAAAUAUAAAGACUUUUUUUGUUCCUGUAGAUAGUAUACACUUAUAAAACAAAAGGGGAGAAGGGACACAUUUUUAUAAAGUUAUUUUUUUAUCACCAGUUUUUUAUAUUAUAGCCAUCUCUAACCCCAGUGAGAAAAUUAUGCAUACUUAGUAUAGCGCCUUGUGACUACACACUGAUCUUUGUAUUCUAAUUUAGGAUCAAAGAUUAAAAGUUUAUGCCAGCAAUACUGAUAUUAACUGAAAAUUUACCAGUAAUUUUUGUCCACUAAAAGAAAUUAGGUUUCUAUAUUUUCUAAGAUAAGAAGACAGGUAUUAAUGUUCCUCUAAAGGGUAAUUUUACUAAAAAACUCCCUGUCUUCUAUCAUUUGUUGUUUAUCAUAUAAUGCUUUCUGUGGGCCUGUUGACAAUGCGAAAAAAAUAGAAUUUGUUUUCUUACAAAUACAUUUAUUUGUCUCUUCCUUCCCCAUUGUUUAUAGAAGCAAAUAUUUGCAUAUUUUUUUUCUUUUUCUUUGUUUCUCAUAAACAAAUCUUUUUUUUUCUUCUGCAACUAAUGAUCUUGCAAUAAUCUAUGGUGUUUUUGUAAAUAGGCAAUGAAAUAAAUACCAGAAAAUA